AUGAAGGAAGAGGAUCAUCGGCUGUCCCACCUUCAUGGUCGUGCUCCUCAACGGGGCUGGACCCAGCUUCGCCGCGCGUGCCUGCCGGCUGUGAUACAGCUGGGGACGAAAGCUGCGGAACCUCCUCGGCAGCAGGUAUGGGAGCAGCGGGAGAUUGUGCAACAGUCUCGGGUGGAGCUGCACAAGGAAACUGCUCUUCGUCAAAGACGACAUCACGAGAGGUAA